AUGUCUUCAUUCGGAACCAAUCCAGACACGACCUCAACACCUUCCGACCCCACACCUUCGUCCGCACCUGCUACGCAAUCAAACGACGUCACCCCAUCCCCUCUAUCCUCCUCUCCCUUGCCCACCUCCACCACAGCCACGGCCACCACCACAGGGCCGAAGCAUAGACACAACGAACAUACCCUCCCCGAUGGUACUAGGGUUAUAGAGGAUGAACGUACUUGGGGCGGGGAGGAUGGAGGCGGGGUAAGCAAAGUCGUCAUCAAACGCUGGGAAAGACCGGCUGGAUCUCACGCUGCCGGGGAGCGGGGAGGAGGUGUAGGUGCUGGGGAAGGGGGAGUGGGAAGUGGAGGGAUGGAGAGAGAACAUCUUCUCCGAGAUGUAAGGCUCAACCAUAUCAACGACGCACUCUUCUCUCGCUUUCUCCAGCCCCCUUCCGACGCCUCUGAGGCUACCGAUACUCGGUCGAAGUGGCCAUCAGAAGAUUUCUUUUCUGACGCAUUCUUCCCGUUGCCCAUGCCUUCUUUUGGGAGACUCGUCUUUCCUGAGGAAGAGGACCCUUCUCUCCUCCCUCCCCAUCUCUCCGCGCCGCAGGCCGCAAACAAUCCCAAACCCCACCACACUUCCUCCACCACCCCCUCCAACCCUCAAAUUCACUCUUGGUCCUACGCCUCUUCGGGCUCCCUCUCCGGCUGGGGCUUGGUUGCUGGUAUGGUAGCUGUUGGUGCGGGUGUAUGGGGUUGGAGAGGGAGGAAGAGGGUGAAGGUGCUUGAACAGCGGGUUGGGGAUUUGACGCGUGGUUCUCAAAUGUCUGCCCGGGCGAAUGUUGUCAGGCCUGCUCAAGCUGCUCAAGCUACACCUGGGUCGGCGGGUUCAUUGGCCCCCAACACAUCUCCCACCGCUGCUAUGGGGGAGAUUGAGGCGCUGCAGAAGAGGGUGGAAGAGUUGGAGAAUGCAUUGAGGAGUAUGGGGUCGUUGGCCGGGUAUGGGGAGAAGAGGCAAGGUGGGAGGGUGCUGGAUGAACUGCGAAAGGGAAAAGACGACAAGACGGAGUGA